AUGAAUCCCGACGACUACGAUUUGAGUACAUCGGAUGCCUGCAGACGGGCCUUGACUCAAGCCUUUUUCGAUGCCGUUAAUGAAGCCGCGGCGGAAUGCUUGGCACAAAUGCAGCGGGAGCAGGCAGUGGCGGAGGAGGUGGCGGCGGCGGUGGCGCGGGUCCCUUGCUCGAUACGACGUCGGACGUAUGUCCCGCGCGAGCAGGAUGUAGCGCACGAACGUCUGUUCGCAGAUUAUUUUUCCGAGAAUUCAAGGUGGGGCCCGAAUGUUUUUCGCCGACGUUUUAGAAUGAGCCGAAAUCUUUUUCUCCGCAUUGUGCACACGUUGGAAGGACGUGAUGAGUACUUCCAGUAUCGGGAAGACGGGAUCGGCAGACACCGGUCUUACGCCAUUGCAGAAGUGCACGGUUGCGAUCCGCCAGUUGGCCUACGGCACAACAACGGAUAUGUUCUACGAGUACCUUCACGUCGGGGAGACAAAGCGGCCGCGAAUGUCUCAAGAACUUUUUUGCACGUUUUCCUUGGGAUGCUAGGGAACAUCGACUGUAUGCACCGGCAGUGGAAGAACCGCCCGACGGCGUGGAGAGGCCAAUUUACUAGUGGCUACAAGGGCAGCCCCUACGAUGAUCCAGGAAGCCGUCGCUGA